AGUGACGUGAGCCCAGGGCGGAGGGGCCCGCGGUAAGGCUCUCGCUGCCGCUCGGGGCUGCAGCCGAGUGUCCGGAGCAGCAUGUCUCUCCUCCUCCUCGCCCUCAUCACGCAGGCCGCGAACUGGGCUGAAACGAGCACCGUGGAUCCGGCGCUGUCCUCUGUGCCUAUACCAACCAAUGUGACCAUAGAGGCCUAUAACUUAGAAGCUAUCGUAUUUUGGAAUUACACAAUAAUGCCGCAGAAGCCUGUUUUUACUGUAGAGGUGAAGACCUACGGGGAGCCAAAAUGGGUUGAUGCCUGCAAUACCUCUCAGAAUCACUGCAACAUCUUUUCCAUGAUUAAUGAUCCAUCACGUACUCUCUGGGCCAGAGUUAAAGCUAGGCUUGGACAAAAAGAAUCAGCCUAUGCAGAGUCAAAAGAGUUUAUUUUGUGCAGACAGUGGAAAAUUGGACCACCUGAACAGAGCAUCAGACAUAAGGAGGACCAAAUCAUUAUUGAUAUAUUUGACCCUGUAGUUACUGAAAAUGAAGAAGAGCUGGGAAACAUGUAUGAUAUCUGUUAUGCGUUCACAUACAAGGUGUAUGUGAGAAUAAAUGAAAACACGAUUGCAGAUACUGUGUAUGAACUGAAGGAAGAUCAUUGCGACGACACUCAAUGCCACUUAAGUAUUCCGGUGUCCCCCCUGAAUUCUAAGUACUGUAUUUCAGCAGAAGGAAUUUCAUCAGAAACUUGGCCUGUUAAAACGGAAAUGUCCAAAGAAUUUUGUAUUACCAUUUUUGAUAAGAGCACUACAGAUACUGUUUGGAUUCCAGUUGUUGUUGCUUUCCUACUCUUCCUAGUAAUUAUCCUGGUAGUUAUAUUUAUUAACAUUAAGAAGAUAAAUCCAUUUAAGAGAGAAAGCAUCAUGUUACCCAAGUCCUUGGUGUCUGUAGUAAAAAAUGCCUCUAUAGAGGCAAAAUCUGAAUCAAAAUAUGUAUCACCCAUCACCUAUGAAUCUAUUGUCCCUGACAACCAGACCGUGAUCUUGGAAGAGCAGUUUUCUCCAGCAACAAUUUCAAGCGUGCAGACUGAGGACAGCUCCGGAGAAAUGGAACACAGAGAUCUUCCUAGUGCAACAGAAGUAGGAACCACCCCAGAAAAUACUCCAGACACGGCCCCUGGUAGCCCUCUGACUCCAGUAAGAAGAGGGGAUUCUGUCCAUUCUGGUAGUAACCAGUCUGAACCCUGCAGCAUCACUUUAAACACUUACCACUCCAGAAAUGGUUCUGAUAGUGGCCUUGUGGAACUGGAGAGCUUAUCGGACUCAGAAUUUCCUCCAAAUAACAAAAGUGAAAUAAAGGCAGAAGAACCAGAGCCCAUAACUCUGCUGAGAAACACUACUACCUCCUUUGGUUACGAUAAGCCCCAUGUGCUGGUGGAUCUGCUUGUGGAUGAAGGUGCUAAAGAGUCCUUGAUUGGUUAUAGAGUCACAGCAGGUUCCACAGAGUUUUCAUGAGCUCAACCAAGUGCGCCAACUUGGAAGGAACAUUUUUCCUGCUUUGACUUAAUGAAAAGAUCAUGAUUUCAGAAAUUUUAUCUUUUUUUAUAUUAACCAAAUGGCAGACUUUGAUUUAGAUAAAAGUAUAAAGAGCCUGAUUGGGUCCUAAAACUGCAAAGACUGAAGAGCAAACCGUUGUUGCUUGUGAACCUUUCUGUGUAGAUCUGUAAUGAGAAUCAGUGAAUGCUCUCUAAGAACCCUGCCUCCUAUGCCAGGCUCCUUUCUGACACUUCAAGAAAUAGAGUGGACUUUUUCUUCUCUGUGCCUCUACGGUGGUUUGUUUUUGGUUUUGUUUUUAAAAGUUUAUGUAAAAGAUAUUUUUAAAUGCUUACUUUCAGAAGAAAUCCUGGAAGCUUUUCAUUUUCAAAAUUGUAUUUAAAGUUGAAUUCAAAGGAAUACAAUUUUGUUAAUAGAAAUAUGUAUAUAAUUUUUAUGGACCAUUACAA